AUGUCGGCGCCCGCCUUAGCAGCGCGGCACAGCGCAGGUACCGCCGCCGCCGCCGCCGCCGCCGCCGCCGCCGCCGGCAAGAUGACGGCGUGGCCUGUCGCCAGUACCGCCGCCGCCUGCCUGUCGUUGGCUGCUGGCGCCAGUCCGUUACGACACUCGCAGGGAACCGAAGCGCGCGCCCCGGGCUGCGAGGACGGCCUGGGCCGGCCAGAGGAGCGAGUGCCACCACGGCCGAGAGGCAGGCACGCCUCUGGAACGGCACUGUUCCUUGCUUCUUCUGUCUUACGGUAUGAAAUGAUCCAGUCUCCUGCCACUCCCCUUAUACCAUAUAAACCUGAUGUACCUUUCGGUCCCGUGUUGAGGAGCUCCGCCUGGAGGCUAUCGCUGUGCUACAGUACCAGGCGGCCCGCCUCGCACCUACCAUUGGCAGGGCCCCGCCCGCUGACACUGUGCAGUGGCCGGCCGGCUCGCCGCCUAUCUGCACAGCGACCGUGGGAAGGCGCCGCCUCAAGUGCCAGCUCGCCGUCCGCCAGCCGGCCUGCCCCAAGCACCACCGCUGUGGCCGCCUCCAAGGCACGCUGCGUCGUGUUUACGCUGCAGACAUCGCGCGGAUCAUUCCACGUCUAUGGGACUCGCAUUCGGGACAGCAGUGCUUCAUCUUCCGAUAUGUCUGCUGUUUAUCCUGCAGCAACCUUCAAGGCGAUCCAUGACUCAGUUCUCAGUCCUCCAAGUAUAAAAGCGGCGCAGCGGCGCCCGGCCGAUACUUUUCGACAGAGCGUCGGCGUCGGCGGCGGUGAUGGAUGCGCCGCCGGGCGUCACCCGGCGCCGAUUCGCGGCGCGUCGAGUGCGCUCGCAGCGCUGCGGCCCGGCCGCCGGAGGGCGCUCAAAAAUAACGCAUAA